AUGAAGUCUCUCCGAUUCAUUAGCGCCGAAGCGUUUGUGUCAAAUGCAGAGUUUGCCAGGAAGAGUCUCGGUGCUGUUGCCCACGAUCUUUUUCCGCUUCUUUUUAAAGCCAGCUAUUUACUGGAACAAGGGGAAGUGAUUCACGACUUGGUAGAGAACUGGCCACUUUUUGAUUUUAACAUGGGAAAACUUUUGGGAGCUACUCUGGACUACCAGGAAGACCUGAGCCAUAGGACAUGCUCAGUGUGCUUGGAAAGCUGUCUGACAGGGCUGAGAGACUAUGUGCUGAAUCAGUCUUCUCCCUACAUGAAAAAGUUGAAAGUGGUCGACCUGACGGGUAUAAAAGAUGUUGAAGUUCAGUUUUGUAAGUGCAAGAAGACAAUGGGCAGGUGGGCUAGGACACAGCUGCUCUCUAAGCUUUGUUCAGAACUGCUGGUUUACCUGCAACGAGCACAGUGCAACCCAGGUACCUUUGAAAUCAGUAUCAAUGUGCUAAUUGACUUAUUUGUUACAGAGCGGAACUAUGAGCUGGUUGUGCAGGCCCUGUUGAAGAAAUGCAGUUGUCCACUGAAAAUCUGCUGUGUGGCAUUCAGAUCUGACAACCUGACCUUGCAGAAAUUCUUCUAUAUCAUAAAACUCACUGAUCCCUCCUUGUUGCGUAAACUGGAAAUAGUUCAUAAUGUUCACUUGGAAAUGGAACACUUGGAAAUGCUCUUCAACAGCAUCCACUUCCCUCUAUUGAUGUCUUUGACCUUGCCAGCACGAACAUUUAAUGUGAGGAGGUUCACAGCUACAGACGAACAGAUGCUUUCUAACAUUGGAGAAAAGAUGGGCGAAAUGUCGCAGCUCACUGAGCUGAGUAUGUCAUUUUCUAUACUCACUGGAAGAAUACAGAAACUUCUCAGCCCAUUAAAAACUCCACUGAAGAUGCUGGAUGUUUCUAACUGCUCCCUGAACCAUGCUGAUAUGGCCUUUUUAGCCAAUAGCUUCCAUGCCAACCACUUGGAAGUCCUGGACUUGAGUGGUCACGAUAUUCCUGAGCUUUACCCAUCAACAUUCUUUAAGCUCCUCAGCCAUUGCUCUUCAGUGCUCAGGAGUCUUACCCUGGAGGACUGUAACAUCCAGGACACUCAUGUCAACAUGUUGAUUUUAGGUUUAAGCCCUUGUCAAAAACUACAGGAGUUUAAGUUUAUUGGAAACCCACUGUCAUCCCAAGCACUUAAACACCUUUUCACGUUUCUCUGUGAACUGCCAAUGCUGAAAAAUGUGGAGUUCCCAGUUCCAAGGGAUUGCUACCCUAUUGGCAUCACAUACCCCAUUGAUGAUGCCAGUCUUUGCAGAUUUGAUCACCAAAAAUAUGAAAGGGUAGCAGAGGAGCUUAAUCUCAUUUUACUCCAAGCAAAUAGAGAGGAUGUGAAGGCUUCAACACCACUCUUUGGGAGUUAUGAUGCAGCUGUACAGGAGACAAACAAUGAACUGGGAGCUUACUUGAUCAAGUCCUUCAAAGAGACUUUAGAGAAAUUCACUACUUCAUUUAGCAAAAUGAGUUAAAGUUGUAAAAUUGUAAAGUAGUGAUGAGAUGAUCUGCCAAAUCAGAACUUAAUUUAGUCUUUUGUAGAACUGCACCUUCAAUCAUCAGUUGUGAAUUUUCUUUAGUUUUUCAGCUGAAUUUACUAUUGUUUGAAUAGCUUCUAAUCAUCUGAGGUAUUGUAUCUUAUGCUAAAUCUAUUGCAUAUGCCUUACACAAGCACUACUUGCUCACAAAAAGGAGAGGACACUUAAAAGUGCAUGAUUUUAUACAAAUACACUUUUUCUCAGUAAAUCAAUUAGGUGUUUAAACUUGUAAAGAUUUCUUAUACAGGUUCCCUUAGGUUUGUCAGCUGGUCUGGUAGCCCAGCAGAAAAACCAGGGAAGUCCUUUCCCAAGUCCAGCAGGAUGUUCAAAAGAUUGUGCACAUAUCCUCACAUGUGGCUCCCUAAACUGAUUUUUUUUCCUUCUCAUGACCUGAAUUCACCAGUUUGUGUUUUAUGCAGUAUAUUCCCAAUAAUGGAGGAUGUGUAGCAGCCUCCAUAUCCCUGUGCCUCUUUCUUCUGCAGAGGCAGGUGCAAUAAACAGAAUUUGUCUUAUGCAUUGCCCUUGGUGAGGAGUAAAAUUCCAUAGUGAGGAGGCAGCAAACCAAAUGGUUGGCUGACAGCAGGGGAUCUCUAAGGUACUCCCUGGAAUCAGCUUCUCAGCUGGUGGGAUGUACCCUGCUCCUUUCAGCUGUUUUAAAGAAAGUCUGGGACUGUGGUAAUACUGAAAAAAAGAGUAGUGUUGAAAAAACAUGAAAAAAGAAUUUAAUCCAAUGCCAAUUUAAAAAAUGUGGAAAAGGGACAAGGCUGGUUGCUGAGUAACUGGAAGUUCAUGUGUGUAAAACACUGCUGGCCUUCCAUCAGGACUGUGUGUUCCCUACAGACUCGCAACCAGUAUCAGGAAAAAUCACAUUUAUUUGUCAAGCUUUAGUGCAAGGGAAGUAUCAGAGUGACCUCAGACUCCACACAUUGGAGCAUAGGUAAAGGGGCCAAGUGGAUGUCAGGACAGUUAGGGCCACAGGACACACAUCUGGGGAGAGUACUAUAAAUCUAUAAAUGGGCCCUGAGUGGUAAACAAGUACUACUCACCUGUAAAA